AAAAUAUUUAAAAUGAUUUCAAUUGAGUUACCAAAUAUUAAAUGCUUAUAAGAAAGCCACACCUAAAGCAUUAGCAAGGUUUGUCUAAAUAAACAAUGUACAGAGCCAAGAUUAAUUUGCAAAUAAUGUAUUAAAAAGGGAUUUCAUUAAUAACACAAUGAAGAAGUCAAAGGGUUGAAUUCAUUGGUAGAUUUUAUUGAUACCAAUAAUAAGUUAUGUGAUAGCAUAUGUGAAAAGAUAAGCAAAUAAGGAGAUUUAAUUAUGGAAGCUUUCUUCAAAAUAAAAAAUGAGAUUAAAAAUAAGCAUCAAAUUCAAAAGGAAAGAUUUUUAAAAAUGGAUAUCAACUAAAUGAAUAAAGCAAUCAAUUAAAUGUUUUCACUUUAGGAUUAUAAAACUAAUAUCACUAAUCCAAUUGAGGAUUUAUAAGCAGAAGUGAAAUAAAAAAUUGAUAAACUCUAUUAAUAAUUAUCGAUAAGAACAAUUAAUUUUUCAGAAGUAAGUAAAGAUGAUGAAAAAUCAUCUUCUAAUUUAUACAAUAAAGGUAUUGUUAAUUAUUUAAAAAAAGGUUUCAAUUUAUUUAAUAGUCAAGAGUUUGAUGAAGCCCUGAAGGUUAUUAAUUAAACAUUAAAAUUAAAUCCGAAUAAUAAAGAUUCUUUGUGGUGUAAAGGUUAUAUAUUCAUUAUAAUCAAUAGGUGAAUGUUUAAUAAUGAAAAACAAUUUAAAUGAAGCUUUGAAUUGUUAUAAUUAAGCAAUCUCUGUUGAUCCAAAACAUUUAAAUUCUAUAGCAGCUAAAGGUAAACUAAAGAAUUAAAAUUGAUUAGGAGAUUGCUUAAGAGGACUUGGUUAAUUCAAUGAGGCUAUAAUUUUGUAUGAUUAAGCAUUAUCUAUUAAUCCAAAGCAUAUAGACUCUCUUUAUGGCAAAGGUAUAUAUUUAUUCUAUCAUUUAGGGGACUGCUUAAGAGAGUAAGGUAAAUUUGAAGAAUCUUUGAAAUGGUUAAACUAAGCCCUUUCCAUUUAACCUUAAGAUUACUUUUCUCUUUAAUCAAAGGGUAUUUAAAUAUCUUUAUUAUAUUUAUAGGAGUAUGCCUACAAGAAUUAAAAAAAUUUUCUGAUGCAUUAGCCUGUUAUAACUAAGCUUUAAAGAUUUCUUCAGUAGAUCAAUUUCUUAUUAUGAGAAAAAGUAUUCUAUUUAAUAAAUUUAGACAAAUGUGAAGAAGCUUUAAAGAACAAAUGAGGA